UUAUAUAAGCCAGCCAGCGAUAUCGUCCACCACAGCCUAACCCAACUCGAUCCCCUGUUCUCUGUUCCCAAGGAAGACUCUUGCUCUGUUUCUGCUGUUCCAAGAGCCAUGGUGGUGUUGACAAAACCAGCUCUCGGACAAGUCUCCCUCCCGAGGCCACAAAAACCAAGCCCCUACUUCUCCGGUAUUCCUGUCAUCGACCUGUCGGAGCCGGGCUCCGAGGCUCUCCUCGUGAGAGCCUGUGAGGAGCUCGGAUUCUUCAAGGUCACCAACCAUGGGAUCCCCAUGGAGCUCAUUGCAAGUCUAGAAGAAGAAGCGAUGAAGUUCUUCGCGCUACCGCAGGCAGAGAAGGAGCGUGUCGGGCCGGCAACUCCUUUCGGCUACGGGAGUAGGACUAUUGGUAGUAAUGGAGAUAUGGGGUGGGUAGAGUACCUCCUCAUGCAGAUCACCUCCAAGCCCAUGUCACUACCCUUCCUCAUGGACGCAUCGGCAAGCUCUUUCCGCUCUGCGUUGAACGAGUACAUAUCAGCAGUCAGGAAGCUGGCGUGUGAAGUUUUGGAGCUGAUGGUUGAUGGGCUGAAGAUUGAGCCAAGGAAUGUGUUCAGCAAGCUUGUCAUGGACGAGGAGAGUGAUUCGGUCUUGAGGCUGAACCAUUACCCCCCAUGCCCGGGGUUUAAUGGUACCAUGACAGGGUUUGGAGAGCACACUGACCCACAGAUAAUAUCAGUGCUGAGGUCAAACAACAUUGCGGGACUGGAGAUCUCCUUGAGAGAUGGCAGCUGGGUCUCCGUCCUUCCCGACCAAGCAUCCUUUUUCAUCAAUGUUGGUGAUUCCUUACAGGUUCUGACAAAUGGGAGAUUCAGGAGUGUGAGGCACAGGGUGUUGGCCAAUGGUUCCAAGUCCAGAGUCUCCAUGGUCUACUUUGGGGGGCCACCUUCCGGAGAGAGAUUGGCACCUCUGCCACUGCUGAUGGGGGAAGGAGAGCAGAGCUUGUACAGGGAGUUCACAUGGUGCGAGUACAAAAGGUGUGCCUGCAGAACCAUGCUGGCAGACAACAGGCUUGGGCAGUUUGAGAAGUAGCACCGGAGGCCAUGGUGGAGAGGUCUGUGGUCAAAAGAUGUCCCUGAAAAGGUGGUUCAUGUUUAGCUGGUAACCAAAGAUGGAAACAUGAAAAGGUUCUGUAUCCCCUGGUUCUUUAAUCUGUUCUUCUACCUUUCCACACUACAGCUCCUUUCUGUAGUGAUUGUGGCGAUGAUGAUGGUGUAGGUCAGUGAACAACUCCAUAAAAUGAAAAGCUCA